CGCACCGACACAACAGCUGGGGGAGGAUUUCCGAGCAGCUCUCAGCGAAGAUGGUGGCACAGGACUGGAGCUGUUACGUCGUUCCGGAUAGGACGGAGCAGCAGCCAAAACUCCCGCUGUAGGUCUGUUUUUAUUUAGCCCCCAGCUCCAGGAGAGAGAGAGCGAGAGAGAGACAGAGAGAGAGAGAGAGAGAGAGAGAGAGAGAGAGAGAGAGCUGUGUCGGGGGGGAAAGGGAGGCAACCAGCGGCGGACGGAAGAGGACGCACCACAGCCAGAGCGCAUAGUGUUGUGUUUGUUGGACACAUGCAUGCCAGCGAAAACUAGAGCCAUCCAGACCUCAGGAGCUGCUCGGGAUAACGAGUCAGUGCCGUAUGUGGGCCGGUUUUUGAUCAUCCCACCGAAGACGCUUCCAAAGAGGGUCUCCUUUAUCGCUCUGGGGAUUUUCUGCUUCUGUGCUCCGGGGGGAAUGCGAGGGGAGGAAAUCCAGCCUCAGCUCCAAAUAACCAGAGACUCCUAACUGGGUCUCCUCUCCAAACUCAGGAAAUACGGCCUGGGAAAACAAAGUUUGGGAGCUUUUGGAAACAAGAGGGGGGCCUAUACCGCUGACGUUUUAAAAGGAGAGCUUUUUAAUGAGAGCUAAAGCUACCCUACAUGAAGUUUGUGAACAGCAGUCCAAUGAUACACUCCGUGGGUGUUGUUUUUACCAGACUUUUGAUCAUCACUAUUUAUAGCCCAGCCUGCUCCGACCGACGCUGUUCCUCAUAGCUGUACAUUUUUGCCAACUGCGCGCAACAAGUUGCAGACACUCCCAGCAGAGGCAAAGCUGCACUGAUUCGGGCCAGCGGAGGGUAUGUUCUGCUCUUCUCUUUUUGGAUUACACGUCUUUGAAUAGCACAAUCCCCUCCCCGACCACCUCCUCUUUGGCAGGCAGGCAGGGGGGGAAUAAACAGUGGAGAUCCGGAGAGGGAGUUCAGGAAAGAACGGGGCUGGAUCCGUGGGAAUAGGCCUGCCUGUCAGGCCUCCUGUGAUCUGGGUCUUGGACUGGACCUCCUAAAUAAAACUCAGUGUGGAAUAGUUUCUCGGAUCUGCAGGGAUUAUGAUGGAAGAAGAAUGUAUGGGGGGGAAGAACUUAAAUCCUUAGCCCAGUGAGCCAUGCAUGAGAGGGGGGUGUAGAGGAAGUUAAAGCUGCUUAAAUCACAAAUCAUCCACUUUAUUAUUUGAAUGAACAGACCUGUGCACACACACAGUCAGAGCAUGUAAUGCAAACUAAUGUAUGAAGAGGAGCGUUUAAUAAAUGCAGUGUUCAUGCUUCAUGAUAAGGGAUUCAACACAUAUUAAUAUUAUUAUUAUUAUGAUAUCACUUUAAGGACAGUGUUUGUUGUGUUCAUAAGAGCCUGAGUCAGUCUGGGAGGGCCAUUAGUCCCCCAUGUUGUGCAGAAGAAAAGGUCAGUGUAACUUUUGCAGCCUCAUGUGUACAACUGUUGACAGCCUGACUCUGGAUCUGCUCAUGCGAUGAAUCCCUGGACCUGAACAUGCACACAUCCUUUUUUUAUUCGUAAAAAAAGACAGAUCCGGGCAUCUUUCCAAUCCUGCCUUACACUUUGUAAUGUCAGCAGUGUAGAUAUUGCGCACAUCCAGAUGAGGUAAUUUCCAGUCAUGUAACGUCAGGAUCGACAUAGUGAAAAAAAGAAACCGUUGCAUCACAACGUUGUCCUUCCCGAGGAGGAUGUUCACUUCAGGAGGCAGAAAGAAAGAUGAGCGUGUUUUUACCGCAGCUGGGGAGGACGCCGGGCUCAGACCCAGAGCCUUUUUGGAGAAGGAUCCAUGUAAUGUGAGUACUGACGCAAACCCGGGCUCGGAGAAUGAACUGCUCAACAAACUGGAACGGCGCGUCUUGUGUGAGUGAGUGUGCAGACUGACGUGUGCGUAGAAAAGACGUCUGUGCCGUCACCAUACAUGCAGCAGUGUGAUUAUUCCAGCAAACACCUUUGCUCUCUUUCUGCCCCCCCCUCGCGCCACAUGUGUACAAGCGGCGCCCACGCACUCUGUCUGAUUGCCUGAGCGCCAUGAGAAGAUUGUAUUAAUAUUUUAAACCCCAUCGUUUCUCUUCACCCAAGUCAAUAUGGCCACUCUGCAACAUCACCGGCAGCUUCUCAUGCACGGCACGGAAGUGAGCUGCGACUCCAGCGGGGAUGGCGCCGUGACCGUGCGGAUUACCAACAGCCCGACACACGUGCAUCAACAUGAGCCACUGAGGGGCAGCGGGGCAGGCGGAGGAGCUGGGGGAGCAGGAGGCUACAGCGCUGUGAGUAAAAUGAACCCUAACCUGCACAAAUACAGCAUCUCCUCCAGCUGCAGCUCAGCAGACUCCAGACCCGUGUUGACCUCCACCUCCAGGGUGCACAGGGAAGCCCCUCCCCUUUUUGAACGCUCUGCUGCCCAGUGCUGGGACCCCAAGUUUGACUCUGCCAUCCUAGAGGAGGCGUGCCAGGAGAGGUGCUUUCCUCAGACGCAGCGGCGCUUCCGUUAUGUUCUGUUCUACCUGGCAGUGUCAGCUGUACUCUGGGGGGUUUACUUCGGGGUCAAUAGUGGCCGCUGUGACCCUGUGACCUUCUUAAUCCCCACAGCCUCCUUUCUAGUCCUCCUUGUGCUCCUCUUUCUGUUCACCCUAACCCAGCCCUACACGUGGCUGUACAAUCAAACCUCCUUGCUCCUGAUCGCCGUCACCUUCGCCAUCACUUUAGCUCCACAGAUACAAACUGCUGGUUUCACUGAGCUGGAGUGGGCUGGUGGCGGGAACGCCUCGUACCUCUCACCAGACACAGGGGCAUCGCCUCCCACUCCUUGCAUCUCCCCCGUGGGCACCUUUUCCCUGUGCAUGGAGGUUCUGCUGUUGCUCUACAGCGUCCUCCAUGUUCGCCUGUACGCCUCAGUGAUGCUGGGUCUCCUGUAUUCUGUUUUGUUUCAGGCUUUAGAGUGGCUCCCGCUGCUUCAAAAAAGUUAUGACACGGCUGGAUGGGGGGCGGGGCUAGUGGGUUCAGGUUCUAAUUGGGAAGGAGACACCCUCUGCUGGCUCGGCCCGGCUAAAGCUCUGCUCCACCUGUGCGCCCAUGUCAUUGGCAUCCACCUGUUCAUCAUGUCAGAGGUGCGGUCUCGCAGCACCUUCCUCAAAGUGGGCCAGGCCAUCAUGCACGGUAAAGACUUAGAGGUGGAGAAGGCGUUGAAGGAGCGCAUGAUCCACUCGGUCAUGCCCAGGCGGGUUGCAGAUGAGCUGAUGAAGCAAGGUGACGAUGAGGGUGGAGGUGAGAAUUCUGGCAAGCGUUAUUCCUCCGGUGCCUGCUCCGCUUCGGCUGUGUCAGUGGGCGGUGGAGGAGGGGGCGGAUCUUCCCAAGCCCAAAGUGCCUCAAACCCCAACAAUCAUCGGCAUAACUAUCACAAACGCAAGAAGACCUCCAUCCCCCGCGGACAGAUCAUCUUCCGUCCCUUUAACAUGAAGCGCAUGGAGCCCGUCAGCAUUCUGUUUGCAGACAUCGUGGGAUUUACCAAAAUGUCUGCCAAUAAGUCGGCCCCGGCCUUGGUGGGCCUUCUCAACGACCUGUUUGGACGUUUUGACCGGCUCUGUGAACUAACCGGCUGCGAGAAGAUCAGCACUCUGGGAGAUUGCUACUACUGUGUAGCCGGCUGCCCCGAGCCCCGACCGGACCACGCCAACUGCUGCGUGGACAUGGGCUUGGGAAUGAUCCAGGCCAUCGAGCAGUUCUGCCAGGAGACGUGUGAAACUGUCAACAUGCGAGUGGGCGUCCACACCGGCACGGUCCUGUGCGGGAUCCUGGGAAUGAAGCGCUUCAAAUUCGACGUGUGGUCAAAUGAUGUCAAUCUAGCUAACUUGAUGGAGCAGCUCGGCGUGGCAGGCAAAGUCCACCUGUCGGAAGCCACCGCCCAAUUCUUGGACGACCACUACCAGAGGGAGGACGGGCAAGUGGCAGAGAGAGCCGGGCAGAGCGUGGUGGAGAAACUGAAAGGGCUGAAGACCUUCCUGAUCUCAGGCAGGAAGUUGGAGCAUGAUGUGCAGUGCGGCUGCUCUCAGGUGGGACUAUCAGCCGGGGUCGUCCUGUCGUCCUGCCCCAAGCCUUGCACGCCAGACCUCAUCCCUGGUGGAGCGGGCGCUGCUGAAGCUCUGCUGCCCCGCCAGCAGCCAGACCGGACUGGGCCUCCCUGUGUGGCCCGCUCGUUGGUCUUAUCUCCGAGGACAGAGCACGGGGAGGAUGUGGCCGUGCUGAAUGGCUGCCAAGAGGAGCACAAGUCCAGCAGUGCGAAGUUCCUCCCAGGUCACAGCCCCAGAGCAGCCAACGGUCUCCUGAGCCCCCCGCUGGAUGACCCCGUGCGGGCCAGCCAGAGCUCUCUGUGCGACAUGCUGCAGGAGAAAGAGAAGAAAACCAGCACCAGUACAGGGACCGGCACCAGCCUCGGCAUGGCUGGAGGUACCGGGGCAGCAGGCACAGGAAUGGAUCACUCCGCCCUGAUCCAACUGCGUGCCAAGAACUUCAAAGAAAAGAGCGACGUCCACUUUGUGGAGGUCAUCAGAGAGGACAGUCUGAUGAAGGACUACUUCUUCAAGCCGCCAAUCAACAAGAUCAGCCUCAACUUCCUGGAGAGACCGCUGGAGAAGGCGUACCGCAGCAGCUACAAGGAGGAGGUGAAGAACGAGGUUCAGGUGCAGACGUUUGCCAGCUCCACCUUCAGCUCCUUCCUGGACGUCCUCCUCAGCUGCUUCGUCUUCCUCGCCCUGACGCUGGCCUGCUUCCUCCCACCUCUGGUGAGCCCGGCUACCGCGGGUCCCACCGCCCUCGCUGCUGUCGUCCUGGCUCCGCUGGCGGGUCUGUUUGAGCUGGCGUCCCUGGUGCUGUCCAUACGUAUGGCCUUCUACCUGGAGGAGGUGAUGAACUGUACCCGCUCGCUGCUCCUGGUGGUCUCUGGAUGGGUCCCACGUCAUGUGAUUGGGGCUGUGUUAGUCUCCCUCCCUGCCAUCUCUGUGUUGUCCCACCUCAUGUGCAGCGUCCACCUGCCCCUCCAGGUGACCAUGUUCCUGUGCUGUGCCACCAUCCUGGCCAUCAUCCAGUACUGCAACUUCUGCCAGCUCAGCUUCUGGAUGCGUUCAGUCCUGGCCACGGCUACAGGGGUCGCCCUGCUGCUGCUGCUGUACCGCCCGCUGCACAGCUCCAGCACCAACAGCUCGCCACUUCACGGACUGAACACCUCCACACUGGGCGAUGGAGGUUUGACGUCGCUGGUUCCUGAACAUAACCCUCUGCCGCGACCUCUCGACCUUCUGGUCCCAGAGGCCGUCCUGGCCUUCUUCCUGCUCCUUCUCCUGGUCUGGUUCCUCAACCGGGAGUUCGAGGUCAGCUACCGUCUCCAUUACCAUGGCAACGUGGAGGCUGACAAACACCGGUCCAAGAUCCAGACUAUGAGAGACCAGGCUGAGUGGUUACUAGGCAACAUCAUCCCCAUCCACGUCGCUGACCAGCUCAAGGUGACGCAGAGCUACUCCAAGAACCAUGACAGCGUGGGCGUGAUCUUUGCUAGCAUCGUCAACUUCAGUGAGUUCUACGAGGAGAGCUACGAGGGGGGGAAGGAGUGCUACCGCGUCCUCAAUGAGCUGAUCGGAGACUUUGACGAGCUCCUGCGCAAACCUGAGUUCAAAAGUGUGGAAAAAAUCAAGACAAUCGGCGCCACAUACAUGGCGGCGUCCGGGCUGAACGUCCGACAGAUGGCUGAGAACGAGGACGACUCUCCGCAUGGCCACCUGAGGGCGCUGUUCAACUUCGCCCUGGAGAUGAUGGGCGUGCUGGAUGACUUCAACAAGAACAUGCUGGGAUUUGGGUUCAAACUUCGUAUCGGAUAUAACCACGGGCCGCUGACAGCAGGGGUGAUUGGCACCACAAAGCUGCUCUACGACAUCUGGGGAGACACGGUGAAUAUUGCCAGCCGCAUGGACUCCACCGGCGUGGAGUGUCGGGUGCAGGUGAGCGAGGAGAGCCACGCUGUGCUGAGCAGCAUGGGCUUAGAGUUCGACUAUAGAGGGACAGUGAAUGUAAAGGGCAAAGGUCAGAUGAGGACUUUUCUUUACCCCAAAUGUGGGGGGAGAUUAAGUCCAGACGGAGCGGUCCAGGGCAUCAGCGUUGGAUCCUCACCCGUGGCUUCAACAACCAAUAAGACUUCAGGGUCUGUUGCACAGGCUCCUCCUCCUCCUCAUCCUCAAAGUGCUGUGAGGCCUUCAGGGGCAGGACCUGGACCUCAGGCCACAGAGAUAAGGGAGGAAGGGUACAGGGACGCUCCCCACUCUGAACUCGGCCCAGAGCCCCGAGCUGCACACCUGCCCUCCCAGGUGCAGCCGGCUCCUCUCGCACUUCAGGAGGGGGAUGAUGAAGAGGAGGCCGACGAGCUGACCAAAUUCAAUGAGGAGUUUUAUGCUCGUCUCUGAUCCCUCCUUUCCUCUCGUCUGGUUUUCUGCCCCACACGAUUGGCUGCAGGUGUGGGCAGGAAGAAGAGGGAGUUUUAUCACUCCGUAACAACCAAGUGUGGCUUUAAAAGUCUUUGACAGAAAAACCAUGGUGAGGUGCUGAGGAGGGCGGGGCCUGUGUGGAGGAAAUGUCUGACAGAAGUGUUGUUGUUUCUGUCCUCCAUGUGCUUUUUUUUAUUAAGUGCCUUCAAGACGAGAAAAGUGAACGAACAAAAAGUUAACAAAGUUUGAUCAAAUCCUCGACUACACAACACGCUGUGGUUUCUUACUCCAUGCUUUGAUUUCAAUGCAAGUAUUUCUUUUGAAAGAAUCAUUAUUUUUGUGGCGUAUUGUUUGUUGUUGAUCAAAUGUUUGACUUUACUUAAGGGAAAUUAUUUUGAAUUCUAUUCUAAGUGCCAGUGCAGAAAGAUGAGCUGAGCAGGGAACUAUGGGAAGAAUGAGGGAAUCACAUGAAGCAGUGUUAAUGAGUAUUCUGCUUUAACAUAAGGGCUUAAUAAAGUAUUCAUCUGGGCUGCAGGCUCAGAGAAAAGGGAAGAGCUCA